UGACGAGCUUCCGCCGGGUUGCGUAGCAGCGGUGGGCAGGGCCAAGGAUCCGUCUGAGGCAGCGACGAGUGGUCGGAACCUUCUUCCUCCUCCUUCCCCUUCCCCUUCUCCCUUCGGGGAAAGGCUGGGGCUGGGCACCUGGGCUGUUCGGUGGCCAGUGCGGCCUCAGCUCCAGCCAGGCCUGGGUACGGCGAGUCCAGACCGCGUCCAGGGCGAGUGUUCCUGGUUGUGACAUCACAUCCAUCCCCGUGGCGAUGGAGCCUGUCACCAGGAAGGAAGCCUCAGUCGAAUAGCCAACAAGAUGGGUUACUCGGAGCAUCUCCUGAGUGGCACUGAGUGGAGGCAUCAGGGGGUCGGAGCCCGGUGAACAGGGAGUCUGCCCCCAACACUUGGAAGGCAGAGUGGACAGUGAGAGAGAGACAGAGAGAAAGGUCUUCCUUUGCCGUUGGUUCACCCUCCAAUGGCCGCCGGGGCCAGCGCGCUACGGCCGGCGCAUCAUGCUGAUCCGAUGGCAGGAGCCAGGACCUGGGUUUCAGUGAUGAGACAUGGGGUAUGAUGUAACUCGUUUCCAGGGGGAUGUUGACGAAGACCUUAUCUGUCCCAUCUGCAGUGGAGUCUUGGAGGAGCCAGUACAGGCGCCUCAUUGCGAACAUGCUUUCUGCAACGCCUGCAUCACCCAGUGGUUCUCUCAGCAGCAGACGUGUCCGGUGGACCGUAGCGUUGUGACGGUCGCCCACCUGCGCCCAGUACCUCGGAUCAUGCGGAACAUGUUGUCAAAGCUGCAGAUUGCCUGUGACAACGCUGUGUUUGGCUGCAGUGCUGUUGUCCGGCUUGACAACCUCAUGUCUCACCUCAGCGACUGUGAGCACAACCCGAAGCGGCCUGUGACCUGUGAACAGGGCUGCGGCUUGGAGAUGCCCAAAGAUGAGCUGCCAAACCACAAUUGCAUUAAGCACCUGCGCACCAUAGUCCAGCAGCAACAGACGCGCAUCGCCGAGCUGGAGAAGACUUCAGCUGAACACAGACACCAGCUGGCGGAGCAGAAGCGAGACAUCCAGCUGCUAAAGGCAUACAUGCGUGCCAUCCGCAGCGUCAACCCCAACCUUCAGAACCUGGAGGAGACAAUUGAAUACAACGAGAUCCUAGAGUGGGUGAACUCCCUGCAGCCAGCAAGAGUGACCCGCUGGGGAGGGAUGAUUUCGACCCCGGAUGCUGUGCUCCAGGCGGUGAUCAAGCGCUCCCUGGUGGAAAGUGGCUGCCCUGCUUCUAUUGUCAACGAGCUGAUUGAAAAUGCCCACGAGCGCAGCUGGCCCCAGGGUCUGGCCACACUAGAGACAAGACAGAUGAACCGGCGCUACUAUGAGAACUACGUGGCCAAGCGUAUCCCUGGCAAGCAGGCCGUGGUGGUGAUGGCCUGUGAGAACCAGCAUAUGGGUGAUGACAUGGUGCAGGAGCCGGGGCUUGUCAUGAUAUUUGCACAUGGUGUGGAGGAGAUCUAGAGAACUUGCUGGGCUAUCAGGAAGAGAUGGAAAUCAGAAAAUCCCAUCGCUCCCGCAGCUGGGCCCUGAGUCCUCCCCACCGUCCUUAAUGCCGAGGCUGACACUUGGGCCACACCUCUCCCCGCUCUUCUGGCACUGAAGGGCCCUGGGGCACUUUGCUCAGCCUUUCAGGUGGGAAACCCAGAUUCCCUCCUUUUGCCAUAUUUCUCCCCCCAAAAUGUCUGGAAGUCCUCAGUCUGGGUGGGAAAGCUCCCGCCUCCGUUCUGCCUAGGGGCCAUGGUUCCUGAUAUUUUCUGAAAGCACAAAGAGAUUCAGAUUCAUCUUCCCUAGAGGAUCAAGUAGAGAGAGGUGUGUAAUUGUCCCUCUCCUCCCAAGUGGAAUCGGAGCAGGCAGGCCUGUUGUCUCUGAGCAGCACGUAGAGGGCAGCUCUGGGGAGCAGACAUUCUGAAGAAAUGGUGAGCAUGGAACAGAAACCCUAGGAAUAAACAGGCCAGUGACUGGCCCUCGCUGAUGGCCCCGAGGGGAAGACUGGACCUCCGUGCCAAGCGCACCCUGCCCAGCCGAUGUUAAAGGUGCAGCUCCUGCUGGGUCUGCAGGUGUGCAGACUGGAAUGCUAAACAUUUCCAGAUGAGCUCUUUCUCGUAAUUAGGGAAUGACAGGAUUGGGGGUUGGGGUUGAUAUGUCGGGACUUGUAUGCUCAGCUGGAAGCUGUUCUCUGGCACUGCGCCCCGUGGCGUGGGCCAUCAUCGUUCCAUAGACCCUCCCCAGCCCUGUGAGUAUAGUUAGUUAUUUUGAUAAUUCCCUUUGGCCAUUGUUUGUUUAUAUUUCACAAACCUCACCUGUGCGCCCUACCUUCUUCUUUCUUUCUUUUUUCUUUUUUUUUUUUUUUAGAAUGGCCUGGUCAUGGCUACCCUACUUUCUAGCCCAGCCACAUUGUUGGCAAUUUAAUUUAUUUACUUUUUUUUUUUUUUAAGAAAGGAAAAAAGAAAAAAAAUCAACAAAACUUGAAA